UUUUCCUGCUUACUGUUUUGUGGAUAAGUGAAAGUAUUAGCGAGAGACAGAUACUAGUUGUGUGAAAUCAUUUUGGGAUAGGCAGCAGCAAUGCCAGAUGUUCUGGCAGAAUGUGGCUAUAGGAUGCCCUGUGUUUGGGCCAUCUUUUAAAUCUUUCACUGGUUGGAGUUAUUCCAUCCUACCUGGCCUUGAACUCUUCCAGUGCUGGGACAAGCUCAGCUUCUCUGGGCAACCUGUUCCACUGCCUCAUCAUCUUCUUUGCGAAGAAUUUAUUUCCAGCAUCUAAUCUAAAUCUAUCCUCUAUUAAUUUAUAACAGCUCUUGUCUCAUACCUACCUCCACCAGAGGGAGUGCCUCUCCAACUCUCUUGUAGGCCCAUUUAGGUACUGGAAGGCUGCAAUGAGGUCUCCGCAGACACUUCUACCGUCUGAACAAACCCAACUCUCUCAGCCUGCUAGCUCCUUCAGCCUGUUUUCAUUGGAGAGGUGCAUCAACCCUCUGAUCAUCUUUGUUGCCCUCCUUUAGACCUGAAUAUUAUAAGCAGAAACAGAAUACGAGAGGAUAUGAGAUCAUUUGAGAAUAUUGUAAGAAUCCUGAUCUUAUGUUAAAGCUGAAAGUAUUGACAUCUAACCCUUCCAAAUAGCAGACUGAAAUUUGAUUAUGUGGUGUGACAUCCCAGAAGAUGAGGUAUUACACCUAGGAACCCCCUUUCUGCUUCCCUCUGCAUGCUACUUGCAGGGACAUCUGGUCACCCAACUGUGAUUGUCCUUGUUUUCAGUUUCUGAACUAUGAUAUAUGAACUAGAAAUGGGUACAGUCACAAACAUCUGGGUAGAACUGAAAGUUGUAGGUUUUAUCAUGGAGGAGAUAAACGAUCAUCUGCUAGAUGGAGCUAAAUAUUUACAGGACUGUAGAAAUUGAGAAAUUUCCUGGAAGAAUUAGCAGUUAUUUAAAAGUUCAAAAAAUCAUAUUUAUUAGGAAAAAACACCUAUAGAAACUCCAUGUAGGAAAGAACUGCUGUUUAGAGUAUUUUUGCAUUAAAAAAGAAGAACCAAGGAGCUUCUUUGUCCUUCAUUGGAUGCAGCACAGAACUUUACCACCAAGGAUGAGGAAAAGGCUGAGAUACUCAGUGCCCUCUUUGCUUCUGUCUUUAGCAGUCAGAACCCUGUAGGGUUCUCAGCCCUCUGAACUGGAAGACUAGAAUGGGGAGCAGAAUAAAACCCAAUAAUUCAGAAGGAAACAGCAACCUACUACUCCACCUAGACUACUAUCACAGAUUUAUGGGGCCAGGUGGGAUCUACCAAAGGGUAUUAAGGGAGCUGGUGGAUGUGCUUGCUAAGCCACUUUCUGUUGUUUAUUGGCAGUCCUAGUCAAUCUGGGAAGUCCCAGAUAACUGGAGAGACAUCCAUGUAGAAGGAGGAUCCUGGGAAUUACUAACCUGCCAGACUGACCUCAGUACUGGGAAAGGUCUUGGAGCAGAUCGUUUUGAGAGUGAACAUGUAGCAUAUGAGGGACAGGCAGGUGAUAAGACCUAGCCAUCAUAAGUUAAUGAAAUGUAAGUCCUGCUUGACCAACCUCAUCUCAUUCUAUGGCCAAGUGAUCACCUUGUGGAUGAAGGAAGGCUGUGGAUAUCCUAGACGGUACUAGACUUUAGUAAGGCCUUAACUCUUUCCCACACUAUUCUCUUGGAGAAACUUGGACAGAUGUACUUGUAGCUGUGUAAAAAACUGGCUGAGUGGUUGGGCCCAGAGAGUGGUGGUGAAUCGAGUUAAAUCCAGCUGGUCAGUAUUGGUACCAGUCCUGUUUUAUAUCUUUAUUGAUGAUCUAGAUGAGGGGAUUGAGUGCACCUUCAGUAUAUUAGCAGAUAACACCAAGUUGCGAGGAAGUAUUGAGUUACUUGAGGGUAGGAAGGCUCAACAGAGGGAUCUGGAUUGAUGGCCGGAGGCCAGUUGUAUGAGGUUCAACAGGAUGAAGUGCCAGGCAGGUCCUGCACUUCAGUCGCAACAACCCGAGGCAACACUACAGGCUUUGGGCAGAGUGGCCCGAAAUAUGCAUGUCAGAAAAGGAUCUGGGAAUGCUAAUUGACAGCCAGCUGAACAUGAGCCAGCAGUGUGGCCAGAAAGGCAAAUGGCAUCCUGGCUUGUAUCAGAACUAGUGUGGCCAGCAGGAGUAAGUAAAUGAUCAUCCCUUUGUACUCAGUUCUAGUGAGGCUGCAUCUCAACUGUGUUCACUUUGAGGCUGCUCACUACAUGAUGGAUGUUGAGACCUUGGAGCAUGUCCAGAGAAGGGCACUGAGGCUGUGAAGGGUCUAUAGCACAAGUUUUAUGAGGAAUGGCUGAAGGAGCUGGGAUUGUUCAGUCUGGAGAAAAGGAGGUUCGGAGGAGACCUGAUCGCUCUCUAUAAACACCUGAAAGGAGGUUGCAGCAGGUGGGGGUCAGCCUCUUCUCCCAGGUGAAUCUGAUAUCACUAGAGGGAGUGGCCUCAAGUUGCACCAAAAGAGGUUCAGGUUGGAUAUUAGGAAACAUUUGUUCUCCAGAAGAGUGGUGAGGUACUGCUGCUCAGGGACAGGUGGAAUCACUGACCCUGGAGGUUCAGUAAGUGUGUAGAAGUGGCACUGAGCAAUGUAUGUACCAUGGAAUUACCAUGAACCCCAGAUGGGCAUGUAUGAUUUUUCUGGUGACAGAGAUCUGGAGUAUUUCCUGCAGCUUGCUAGUGAAACUGGCUUGCUGGUGAUCCUAAGAGCUGGACCUUACAUCUGUGCAGAAUGGGACAUGGGUGGUCUUCCUGCAUGGCUGUUGGAGAAGGAAUCUAUUGUUCUGAGAUCUUCUGAUUCAGAUUACCUGACAGCAGUGGAGAAAUGGAUGGGGGUCCUUUUGCCAAAGAUGAAGCCUCACCUCUAUCAAAAUGGAGGUCCAAUCAUCAUGGUGCAGGUGGAAAAUGAGUACGGAAGCUACUUUGCUUGUGACUAUGACUAUCUGCGUUUCCUUCUGAAGAUCUUUCGCCAGCAUCUUGGGGAUGAGGUGGUGCUGUUCACAACUGAUGGUGCAAGCCAGUUUCAUUUGAAAUGUGGAGCUCUUCAGGGUCUUUAUGCGACAGUAGACUUUGCCCCAGGUGGAAACGUCACAGCAGCAUUCUUAGCUCAAAGGAGCAGUGAACCUACAGGCCCUUUGGUUAAUUCUGAGUUUUAUACUGGAUGGCUGGAUCACUGGGGGCACCGUCAUGCUGUUGUACCCUCACAAACUAUAGCUAAAACACUUAAUGAAAUCCUGGCACGUGGUGCCAAUGUUAACCUGUACAUGUUUAUAGGUGGAACUAACUUUGCCUAUUGGAAUGGUGCUAAUAUGCCUUAUAUGUCACAACCCACUAGUUACGACUAUGAUGCUCCACUAAGUGAAGCAGGGGAUCUGACUGAAAAAUAUUUUGCCUUGAGGGAAGUCAUUGGUAUGUAUAACCAGUUACCAGAAGGUCUUAUCCCUCCAACAACAUCCAAAUUCGCCUAUGGGAAGGUUCGCUUGCAGAAGGUGGGCACUGUGGUGGAGGUUCUUGAUAGGCUGUCACCUUCUGGACCAGUGAAAAGCACUUACCCGUUAACUUUUGUUCAGCUCAAGCAGUAUUUUGGAUUUGUACUGUACAGAACGAAGCUUCCAAAAAACUGCACAGAGCCAACACAACUGAGUUCACCUUUAAAUGGAGUCCGUGAUCGUGCCUAUGUCUCUGUGGAUGGGGUUCAGCAAGGAGUCCUUGAAAGGGACAAGUCACUAAUGAUAAAUAUAACUGGAAAUGCUGGAGCAAAUCUGGACAUCAUAGUAGAGAAUAUGGGCCGAGUCAACUUCGGAAGAUUCAAUAAUGACUUCAAGGGUCUAGUUUCAAAUUUAACUCUUGGUCAAGAUAUACUUGUUGAAUGGGAAAUCUAUCCUCUAAAUAUAGAUGGAGCAGUGAACCAUUUCAUUCAUGGCUACCCUGGCGAACCAAAGAGAUCUGGUAGCAAUCCACAGAGUUACGAAGCACCUGCCUUUUACACUGGUACACUUUCAAUUCCUGGAGGGAUUCCAGACUUGCCUCAAGACACCUAUGUUAAAUUUCCUGACUGGACAAAGGGGCAAAUUUGGAUCAACGGCUUUAAUCUCGGUCGCUACUGGCCAGCCCGUGGCCCUCAGUUGACCCUUUUUGUUCCAAGGAAUAUACUUGUUUCAUCAGUGCCAAACAACAUAACAGUGUUGGAGCUGGAGCAUUCUCCAUGCAGCACCCAGCUGUGUGAGAUAGAAUUUGUAGACAAACCUAUUAUUAAUGCAACCACACAGUACGAAGUUGAUGCACCCCCUCUCUUUGUUAGAGACAUGUGGCUGAGCCAUCUAUAAUGAUUUGAGUAGUUCCUUACCUUCCCCCUACUUUGCUUCCUGUUUCGUUUAAACACAGUUCCCCUUUUUUAAAGAGUCAAUGUUAAUCAGUACAUUGUCUAGCUGAGACAGCUUUUUAAAUUCUUCAAAGACACUUUUUUUAAGCUGGCUGGAGUUGAAUACUCAAAUUCUCUUGAAAAAGAAAAGUUGUAACUUCAGAGUUUGCCUUGGACUGUGAAACUGAGCCCAUCUAGAAGAUAACUGUAGCAUCAAAGCCUACUAAAAAUGUGCUCCUGUAUGCUGUUCGCAUUACAGAAACCCUUUUAUGAUUUUCUUUUUACUGUCUUUUGCAACUGGAGAGAAGCCUACAAAAGGGCUGUACAAUCAUACAAGCCUGCUGCUUGCUCACGUGGCCUGGCAGGUCAGUGCUGCCAAUGGACUAGACACUUGCAACUCACUUUUUUAUUAUCUAUCAGAUAUAUCAGAAUCAUUUUAGUCUACGCUGACAGCCAGCAUUGAGUGGACCUCCUUUUUUUUUUUUUUUUUAAACUCCAUGCAAAUUGGUUUGUUAUGGGAGCAGUGAGAACAACUGUGGAAGAGAGCACUCAUGCAAGCUGAUCCGUAUAGCAGCAAUGCAGACUGUGGAGAGACCUCAUAUUCUGUUUCUGUCCCUUCUGUAAAGCUGAUUGACUGCUUCCCUUUUGCUCUCUCCAAAGAUUCUAAUUAAGUUGACAAGUACUAGGACAUACGUGAAAUUUAGGUUGUUUUGGUUGGACCAUAGUCUUUAGUUAACUUAUCUGCAGAAUGUAGUUGUAGAAUUCUUUUUAAUUGACAUGGAACAGUUCUUUUUUAUAGGCUAGGACCUUGGAGGAGACCUUGGAAGAAAAGGGUUUUAAGUUAAAGAAUUUGAACUCUUGUAUUCAUUAAUUCAUGUCUUCUGUUUUGUUCCAGUAAGCUGGUAAUCUUUGUAAGUGCCUGUUAUUUGCAAAGAUAUGCAGUUGAUGUCACAAAAGCUGACAUUCUACAGCAGAUUGAAUUGUCUCUUUAAUUCUUAGGGUUUU